CCGCCGCUCACUCCCGCCCCCCGCGUCGCCCCCCUCCCCCCCCGCGUCCCGUCGGAAGGAGCCUCUGUCUCUACGUAAAUAAAAGAAAGACUCGAGAGGAAAAGAUCACCUGCAAGGCGGAAGCAUCAUGGCACCAAAGAAGGACGUGAAGAAGCCCGAACCCGCAAAGCCAGCGGCGCCCGCAAAGCCAGCAGCGGCGCCCGCGCCCGCACCCGCACCCGAGCCCGCGCCUGCGCCGAAGGCCCCGGCCGUCGACCUGUCCGCCGUCAAGCUGGAGUUCACCCCAGACCAGCUGGAUGACUACAAAGAGGCCUUCGGACUGUUCGACAGGGUCGGUGACAACAAGGUGGCGUACAACCAGGUGGCGGAUAUCAUGCGCGCUCUCGGCCAGAACCCCACCAACAAGGACGUGGCAAAGAUCCUGGGGAACCCGACUCCGGAAGCGAUGGCCAACACAAGGGUGGACUUCGAGGGCUUCCUGCCCAUGUUGCAAACUGUGGUCAACAACCCACAGAAGGGAACCUACGAGGACUACGUUGAGGGUCUGCGCGUCUUUGACAAGGAGGGCAACGGCACGGUGAUGGGUGCUGAGCUGCGCAUUGUCCUGUGCACGCUGGGUGAGAAGAUGAGCGAGGCUGAGGUCGAUGCUCUUAUGCAAGGACAGGAAGACGAGAACGGCUGCAUCAACUACGAGGCUUUCGUCAAGCACAUCAUGUCUGUGUAAGAGUCCUCGCGCUGAAGUGUUGAGGAAGCUGAAGAGUAUCUCCAGACCCCAUGGUGUCAGGACAUCCAAUCAUUGUUUUGAAGACCAACUGAGGAACAAAAAGGACAAUGGGAUGUCAUUUCUAAGCCAUUCUGUUUUUUUUUUUUUCCUUCUUCUUUUCAUUCUGUGCCUUUUGUCCUCCUUUUCACUUUCGGGAGCCCAGCUGCAGCAGCGCAACUCCCCGUUGACCACCCUCUCCCUCUGCCCCCUCAUGCUGAGGGAUGGGGUAGAGGGCAGGUGGGAGGGAAAGGGGGUGUUGUGACCUGCCGGUUGUGGCUCAGCCCCGCUCGGCUCCGUCCGCCCGCGUCAGUCCCAAACUCGCCAGUGGUGCUCAAGGUCUUGUUAAGACAGUGGACCGGACCCUUCGGCCCCUUCCCUCCGCCUUCAAGGCCUUGAUUUAUUUUCGCUCCGUCAUUUCACAAAAUAAACUUCUGAAAACAUACAUCCUCA